AUGAACCAUCCAGUUCUUGUAAUAUCCUUAGCAACCUACGAAGCUGCAAUUCUUGAAAACAAUAUUGUCAAGAAAAAAGACAAGACAACCGCCAGAGUGGAUAAUAUAAAAAGGUCCGACAGAUCCGUUGCUGCAGCUUUUCAAGCACUUCCGCCAUACGUGAGGGCAGGCCACGAGCAGCAGCAAGCUGCUUCUGCUGCAGACCGAAGGCAGAACAGGCAGGACAGGCUUGCUGCUGCUGCUGCUGCAGCAGAGCGCAGGCAGCGCAGGCUUGCUGCUGCUGCUGCUGCUGCUUCUGAUGAUGAGGCUGAUGCUGGUGAUGAUGAAGCUGAUGCUGGUGAUGAUGAAGCUGAUGCUGGUGAUGAAGAAGCUGAUGCUGGUGAUGAUGAAGCUGAUGCUGGAGAUGAUGAAGCUGAUGCUGGUGAUGAUGAAGCUAAUGCUGGUGAUGAUGAAGCUGAUGCUUGA